UAGAGCAGUGUACGCGCGAGCUCUAGCUGAAGGUGGACGCGGGUCUGCGCGCGCUCCAAUCAACACAUAUUUUGGAGUCAGGUUUUUUAAUUAGAGCACGCGUGCCGCAUCCUGCAGCUCCACUUAACGCGUGCGUGUGGCGCGUGUGCGGGUUGGAGUGAGCGUGCGAGUCUAGUGAAAGUGUGUGUGUGUGUGUGUGUGUUUGUCCUGGGAGAGAGGCUCUGGGCUGAAGGUGCGCCUGAGCCUCCUGUCUCGUCUCCCCUCCAUCGCCUCGCGCGCAGGUGCCACGUUCCUAACGUGCCGAGAGGCUUAAAGCGCGCGCAUCACGCAGACGCCAUGGCGGAGGAGCCGCAGCGCGGGGACACACACCAGCAGCCGGAGUGUGUGAGCGGACAGAGGGAGGCAGAUAAAGAGCCAGACAAAGAGGGAGAGGGGGAAGGAAAGAGAGAAGGAGAGAAAGAGGGAGAGGGAUCCGGAGACACUUUCACCAUGGACCAGGAGAUGAAGAUCAGCGACGUGGAAGAUAAAGAUCUUCUAGAAAGCAGUCUGCGUCUAAAACCCCAUGAGGCUCAAAGUUAUCGGAAGAAGGCAUUGUGGGUAUCGUGGGUGUCCAUCGUGGUGACGCUAAUCCUCGCCAUUGCUGCAUUCACUGUUUCCGCAAUGAGAAGCAGUGCCUCUGCGUUUGGCUUUGCUUUUGACGCCACACUAGAUGUGCUGAGCUCCAUCAUCGUGUUGUGGCGUUACAGCAACGCAGCAGCUGUGCACUCUGCCCACAGAGAGUACAUAGCUUGUGUGGUUUUGGGGGUGGUGUUUAUCCUGUCUGCUCUAACCAUCCUGGUUAAGGCCAUCCAUGCUCUCGCCACCAAAGUGCUCCCCGAAGUGGACGACUUCCUCUACAGCGUGUCAGUGCUCAGCGGCCUGGUGUGCACAAUUCUGGCUGUGUUAAAGUGCAUGCUGGGUAAAGUGCUCACCAGCAGGGCACUCAUCACUGACGGCUUUAACUCAUUGGUGGGCGGAGUCAUGGGUUUCUCCAUCCUCAUCAGCGCUGAAGUGUUUAAGCACAACCCGAAGGUUUGGUAUUUGGACGGCGCCAUUGGCGUACUGAUUGGACUCAUCAUCCUCGCUUAUGGCGUCAAGCUGCUGAUUGACAUGGUCCCUCGAGUGAGACAGACCAGACACUACGAGCGCUUUGAGUAGGAUCAACAGCGCACAGUGGAGACUGGACUCUAUCUGCAUACACCCACGUACACUUUGAAGAGACUCUUGCAAAGAAGGGAAACACUCACCCACGCACAAACACUCCCAUACAUAUAAUAAACACACACACACACACACACAUAUAUAUAUAUAUAUAUAUAUAUAUACACACACACACAGAGAAUGCACAAUGCGUCACAGCAACCUCUCAUCAUCUCCAAUAUCAACCUUGCUCUGUGAAGACGCUCUGAGGAAGACAAGGACGAAGUAGAACAAGAACAGGAAACAAGAACAGAACAGGAACAGGAACAAAAGUCUUGAAGAUAUGCAACUGGGUCAUGGAAGAAUUCUUCAUGGGUGUGUCCAAGUGUUUAAAAAAAAAUAUACUGCAGCUGAUCUUGAUCACAUUUUAAAAAGGACACCACCUGUCUUAACAACACCGAGCUACUGAGAGUGUGUUCGUGCGUAUUUAUCAUUAGUGAAGAUGACAAAGCUUCUUGCAGUGAAAACACACCUGCUCUUAUACACUCAUUACCUGUGGCUGGGAGUAUCAGAGACUGAGGUGUCUGAGAAAGAAGAAGAAGGAAAGAGAACGCGAGAGAGGGAGAGAGAGAGAAACAGAGAUGGUAUCUUGGACACAAAACUAUAUUUAGCAUUCAUUCAUCUUCAGCAGGAUCCUUGUGUGCACCUCGAGCGACAAAUGAAGAAGCAGCUGCCGUGCUGUUACAGUAAUUCGAAUCCCGCCUCAUCUGGACAUUUUUCUUCCUUAAAUGUGAUUACAGGGUGUGGAUUUCUUUGCCGGGUGGACGUCUACCUCUUUAUAAGCCCGCCAGUUGCAAGAAGAUCACAUCCUGCAGCUCAUACACUAAAAAUGGACAGAUAUGAUAAAGUAUCAAAAGUAGAACAGAAAAAAUGUAAUUGAACCAACGGGUACAAGAAGCACACUCAUACACAGCUGUCCAAACUGGAACAUCUGAGAGCUAGAACAGCACAGAAAGAUUAGCACAACGUUAUUAAAUCUUAAUAGUGUACAUAACACACUCAUAUUAGUUACAACUACAAGGUUUAAUUUUUAAUGGUUAUAUAUAAUUAUACAAUGUUUAUUGUAGAUUUGCUGGUAGUAGUAAACAUUCGAAUUUGAGAAAUAUGUGACGUAAUUAAUGUAAAUGAUCUAAAUUAGCUACGAGAAUUUGCCAAUGUUAGGUGACGUGGCUGGCGUACACGUUAGAAUGGUGCCGUCGUGUGUUACGUUCGAUUAUCUCAAAGCAAGAUAUCUUCUGAUGCAUUUCAAGUAUUGUCCGUUUACGUACAGAUUACACGAAUGAGUGUGUGUACGGUGAUUAGCACAGCUCUGCUUACAGCACUGGUUUCAGGACACACGUCAAAAAAAAGUCCACAGUUUAGUGAAAAAUCGUUGGUUACCAUAGUGUGUGAUGUCAGUUUCAAGGAAAUUAGCCAGGUAUUCUGAGAAAACGUGUUACUAGUGAAUAAACUGCUGAUCAAGUCACAGAGCUACAAACUUAUGAAUGUACUUAUGAAUAUAAUUCCCUUUAUUUGUACUGUAUGCACACAACAUUUGUUUCGUUUCAUGAGUAUUAACCCCUCAAACUCCCAAGAUCAAGACUUACAUUCCUCUCAUAACAGCAUACUUUUUUAAAAAUUCAGCUCAAUUUUAUUUGUAUAACCCGUCUUUUAAAACACGUAAUCACAAAGCAGAUAGUAGAUCUAGAUGUAAAUUGUAAAUCAUUACAGUAUACAGGUGUAGAAGACUGAACUCCGAAAGUGUUCAAUAUGAGUAUAUUGUGAAUAAGAGUCCUGGGAUGAGCACAGGACAGUCUUUAUGAUUACAGCAGCAGUUUUUCAGUAUCUAAAGCUACAGUAUCUAGAUCCAGAUCCAGCAAGGGUGAAUUAUGGGCAUAAACCGUUUCAGGGAAGUUCUUUAGGGUGUCCACUUUUUCACAAAUAAGCAGAAAACCCUUGUUUUUGCCGCAAUCUUCAUUUUUUUUUUCUGGUUUUCCAGUCAUUUUUGUUGAGUAGCAUUCACGUUUCCAUUCCUAAAUCAUUAAAACAAGUGACAGCUAGUUCUAGCUAGUUCUAGCUAGUCUAGCUAGCGGCUAGCAUGAGGCUUAUGUAACUUAAGUAACACUCAAUUUCACAGUCUUUAUAGAGUUUCAUUGAAGAUAACAUUAUUUUAUUUAUAAACAUUAAUUCACUUACUUAAAAAUAAAUCAAAACACCUCAUGAAUGCUAAUUCAAACUAGUCCAGUUAGAGGCUAGUAUUAUGCUAAUGUAACGUGUAACACAUAUGUUCCCAUUUCAUGUUUUUUUUUUUUUUUAAAGACUUUUAUAAGGAUAAAAUUGCUUUAUUUAUUUAUUUCUCACUUGGUUAUUUCUGAUAUUCUCACAUGAAAUCACCUAAAGCAUGCUAAUUCUAGCCAGGAACUAGCAUUAGGCUUAUGUGGCUUAUGGAACAUCUCACAUUUCUUGUUUUUUUUUUUUUUUUUUUUUUUUUUUAAGAGAUUUAUGAAGGAUAACAUUGAUUUAUUUAUUCAUUUGUCAUUUACAAAACAUUAAACCACCUUAAGAAUGCUACUUGUCGCUAGUCUAGCUAGCAUUAGGCUUGUGUAGCUUAUGUAACAGCUCACAUUUCAUCGUUUUACUAAUUUAAUAAUUUACUUUCUCACUUAAAAUCAUCAAAUCUCCUCAUGAACGCUAAUUCUUGCUAGUUAGCUACAUUCGCUAAAUUCUUUCAAACUGACCACACAGUUAGAAAUCUCAUCAAACUUAAAGUCUGGUAAAUGACACUACAACGUCAGUGGGUGUUUUUCUACUGUAAAAUUUUAUCUAGGACUGAACCGUGUCCCAAAACAUCCAGCCCAUUCUAUUGUGUUAUUUGUUAGCACACAAAGUGGUGUCGCUAUUAUUGCACAUGUGAGGCCUUACCCUCGACCCUAGAGGAAUGUGAAGUUUCGUCUUGUCAUUUUUAGCCUUUUCAGAUGUAUAUUUGGGACUUUUGUCAGGUAUCUGAGCGUCACAUGUAGCAAAUAUAACUAUAUGUAGUGGCCAUGGGUGCACUAGUGAUCGUAGCUAGUCAACUUUUACGUGCAAUAGAGUGAGUCUUGCGUUUUCUGGUAAUAUAGUAAUGCGUUGCAUUGCUCUUUGGUGUAAAUCUUUUGGAACUAGAUACUGUGUGCACAACAAGGUCAAUAGAUUGUGACUCAUUUCUGAAGAUGUAUAUUUUCGUAGGGAUUUCCUGUGGUCCAAUGCUGUGGAGUUCUUUGCCAGGAACACUGACUUGCUCAAACACACAGCCAUGCAAAUGACAUGUUUAGUUUGCACAAUGUGUGGUUAAGACUUACACAAGCCCGAAGGCGUCUCUGCAUGACUUCAAUUCUCACCUGUGUGUGACAGAUACUGGCAAGGAGCCCCUAGAUAUAUACAUAUACAUAUACACUCCUAUAUAUAUAUGCUGCUUUAGAGUGCACAUAGAUAUUAUAUUGAAAUUUCUGUUGUCACAGAAAGAGUUUAUUGAAAAAUAAAGAUAUAUCCAGCGUAUUCAUCAAAAACAAAAAAAAUGAGACUUCUUUUUUUUUUUAAAAUUCAUUAUGUCCUCUAAUCUUCUAUCACUGUCAUGACAUGAAACACACAAAGCAGGUGUGAUGAAAAGGUUGACACGUGUGGGGGGGGGGAACAAGAAACAACAAAGCAAGGGGAUAAAAAAUAGCAGUAAACCAAAUCUUGCAUUUGCAUCAAUACUUUGCGUAAUUACUGAGCCUAAAGCAUUUCUAAUCUCAUUAAAUAAAGUUGUAAUGAAUGACUGGCCUGUUCAUCACGAGUGCACCUUUCACGCUCCAGCAACAACUGUAAACAAAUACAAAAGCAUAUCGAACUUUACAUUUCUACCCACCACCAGUUUUGGCAAAAAACGAUC